AUGACAGAAAUAGGUCAUACUUGGUUGAAUCUUCCCAAGUAUACGAAAGAUUACAUCGAUGGAGUCAAAUUGUUUGUGAAGAAUGCGAUGGCCAAUUUCUCUACAGGAAAAGAAAUAAAGUGUCCUUGUCGUAAGUGUGAAAAUUGCUUGUGGUGGUCUGCCGACGAUGUUGAGAGUCACCUGAUCUGCAGUGGACCAUCUAUGUCGUUCGUUAAGUGGAUUUAUGACGUUACGUCACUGGUAGACAAAACCGAUAAUAAGGAUUUCGAACCAAAUACCGGAUUCGGAGAUAAUCUUGAUGAGAUGUUAAAUGUGACACACGACAAUAUGGAACCAAAUGCAAAUGCGCGAAAAUUUUAUCGACUUGUUGAUGAUGGAAAACAGCCCCUCUACCCUGGUUGCAAGAAUUUCUCGCGAUUAAGUUUUUUAGUUAGGCUGUACCAUUGGAAGUGUCUAAACGGAGUAACCGAGUCUGCAUUCGGAGAGAUACUACAGUUGUUAAAAGAGGUUGUUCCCAAUAUUAAUGUGCCUGCCUCUUUUAAUUCAGCUAAAAAUAUAAUAAAAGAUCUAGGUCUUGACUACAAGAAAAUACAUGCAUGUCCGAAUGACUGCAUCUUGUAUUGGGGGGAGAAUAAAAAUAAAGAUUCUUGCAAGACCUGUGGUGUUUCAAGGUGGAAAAGCGUGGCACAAGAAGCAGACGAGGACAAUAGUAAAAUUCCCGCCAAAGUAAUGCCAUAUUUUCCGCUGAUCCCAAGGCUCCAACGACUAUUUAUGUGCAAAGAUUUUGCUAAACAAAUGGUUUGGCAUGCUGUUGAACGAAAGAAAGAUGGGAAGUUACGUCAUCCGGCCGAUGCGAAAGCUUGGCAGACUAUGGAUGCCAAGUAUCCACAUUUUUCUUCCGAUUCUCGUAAUGUGAGAUUAGGUUUAGCUACUGAUGGGUUCAAUCCUUUUCGCAAGAUGAAUGCCACGCAUAGCACAUGGCCAAUUGUAGUCGUGAACUACAACCUUCCUCCGUGGCUAAAUAUGAAACCGGAAAACUUGAUUCUCUCAACCAUUAUUCCUGGUCCGAAUGAUCCGGGAAACAACAUCGACGUCUACAUGCAACCUCUGAUUGAGGAGUUAAAAGAGCUAUGGAAAACAGGAGUGGAAACAUUUAAUGCUGCAACGAACCAAAACUUUACGCUUCGAGCAGGUGUCUUAUGGACAAUUAGUGACUUCCCUGGUUAUGCAAUGAUGUCGGGGUGGAGCACAAAAGGGAAGCUUGCUUGUCCAGUAUGCCACUACGAGACGUCGUCAAUGUAUUUGAAGCAUAGCAAGAAAGUUUGUUAUAUGAACCAUCGGAAAUUCUUAGAUGCAAACCACAAGUGGAGAUCAGACAAAAGAAGAUUUGAUGGCACAGUGGAGACUGGAACAAGUGCUCCGAUGUUAACUGGGAGACAAGUUGCUGAAAUUUUGGAUGGUUACGAGAAUUCGUUCGGUGGGGUGGGUAAAAAAAAAGAAAAGUCAGCUGCGAUGUCAACCCUUGGAAUAAAAGAAAAGAACAUAUGCGAUAGUGUUUUAGGCACCUUGUUAAAUAUUGGUGGUAAAACUAAAGACCAUCUAGAAGCUCGGUUAGAUUUGAAGGAAUUGGGCAUUAGAAAGGCCAUUCAUCCUACCACCUCUGCUGAUGGAAAACACCUUGAGAUUAUGGCGGCGAAGUUUGAUAUGACGAACAAAGAAAAAGAUAUUUUCUGUUCAGUGCUUGAAAAUGCUAAAUUCCCUCACGGUUUCGCUUCCAACAUCAGCAAAUGCGUGCAAGAUAGGAAAGUAAUGGGAUACAAAAGUCAUGAUGCACAUGUAAUCAUGCAAUACUUGUUACAAUUUGCUGUCAAGGGGUCGUUAAAGCCUGAGGUUGCAGUACCCCUAAUCAGACUUGGUGAAUUUUUGAGAGGUAUUUGUUCUAGAGUUAUUGAGGUUGAUGAAAUCAAAAGGUUACAACAGGAGAUUAUUGAAAUUCUCUGCCAACUCGAAAACAUAUUUACAAAUGCCUUCUUUGACAUUAUGGUUCACCUGCCGGUACAUCUGUGCUUGGAAAUUGAAUACGGUGGACCAGUCCACCAAAGAUGGAUGUAUUCAAUUGAGAGGUAUUUAGGUGUACUGAAGAAAUAUGUGCGAAAUAAGAGUAAACCCGAAGGAUCCAUUGCAGAAGGUUACCUUGCUGAUGAAUGUUUGACAUUCUGUGCAAGAUUUCUUAAUGAUGGUGAAAAUAAACCGGUGAACAAAGCUCAAACUUCAAAUGCAGAAAAAGGAGGGUAUCCUAUCGGUUUGGGGAAAAGCAAAACAGGGAAAGAUAUACACUUACCUGAAGAUACUUGGAUAAAAGCCCAGCGGUACAUUUUAUUCAAUUAUAAUGACAAGGAAGUGGAAGACCUGAUUGAGUAA